AUGACACAAUAUUUUGUUGACUUUGAAAAUAAAACAGGAUUUGGACAACAUUUAAAUUUUUGUGUAUAUAUACAAAUACCAGAACCACCGCAUUCAGAUAGCGUAGCUUGGUUAAUAAGUUCACUUUCUAAUGGCGCAGUAUCCACAGUUAGUUGGAAAAUUGAUAGAUAUUUGGUUGCAUUAGCACAUUAUAUUCAAAAAAAAAAUAAUAUAGGAGUUUAUCAUACUAUUCAAGUUGCUACGGUUAUACUUGGUUCCGUAUGGGAAAUAAUUGAUUAUCCGAAGAGUGAGAAAAACCAUGAAGAAACCCAAACCAUUAUUGAGCAUGAUAAUGCAACAGCGUCAAAUGAUUCAAUUAAAAUUAUAAAUACAUCAAGAAAAGCAGCAGAUUGUGGUAUAGGAAUGUGGGGAAGCGCGUGUGUAUUUGAAAGGAACAUAAGAGCAGGUAGUACAACUUCAUUCAAAGUAGCACCAGAGUAUUGGGUAGGAGUAUUUAUUACUGAAUUACAAAAGGGCCAAGUGAUUGACGAUACCAUUGCUUUAGCUUCAAAUAGAAUUAAAUUUGAAGGUGACAAUAAUGUUGCCAUUAUAAUUGCUAAAGCUGAAGAGUCAUCUUCAUUACCCCUUUCUCUAUCUUAUUAA